GAUAAAUAGUCGUUGCAUUUGGAAGAAAAAAAAUUAAACGUUAAUUAGCUCUAAUGGACUCGCCAAAAGAGGACGUUUCCUCUACCACUUCAGUAAUUUUGGAUCAAAGUUAGCAUGCCAGCCUGCUAGAAAGAAAAGCAAAAUUCCCGAGGUUUUUAAGACAAAAGGCCUCAGUUCUUCUAUGAUUUUUUGGUUUGCUUUUUCAUUUUCAAAUUAAUUCUAUCGAACAAUACCUGAAAAACCUUUUACCUUAAGCUUUAAUUUCACUGUUUUCUUUCUAAAAAUACUUCUGCACAUUGUACGGUAUUUUUAUGUUCUUUGAUACAGCUUAUUCUAAUUUUAUAUUUACACAUAUUCUGGCAUUUUACUGCGUCAUUUAAGUGAAAAUGUCUCCACUUUUAAUAUUUUAUAAUAGUCUCUUUAAUUUCAAUAAGCACUUUAAUAUAUAAGAGGAUGGUAUGUUUAUAUUAUAUGAGCUUGAAUAUCGUCUUUUAUUUAAUUUACACUUGUUAUACAAUCAUAUAUAUUCCUUUCAACCUUUUGAAAUAACAUUUCGAAACUUGAACUUUUCAUUAAUUUAAUGAGACCAAGGUUUUGCAGUUACUAAUCGUUCUUUCACUCAGUUUGUUUGGAUUUCCAUUAUGUUUUCAGUAACAUUAGUGGGGGGAAACAGGAUUUUGCCCUUUAAUGUAAAGUAAGUAUGUCUGUAACGUGUGCUCACCGACUCAUGGAAAAGCCCUUUAAUGAACGCCGCUGUAUCCGGGGAGAAAGCUCCUUACUCAUGUAAACGAUGGGUACAUCCGCUUACUAUAAGGUAGUGCCGCUCAUGGCACUUCUCAGGAAUAACAGUAAAUAAACUAUGAAAUGAAGACUUCCGGUCCAUGUAAACAUGGCUUACUUUUUGGGCUGUCUGGGAUAUUUUAAGGGGAUCGGUUGUUUACCUUUUUGUACGUUGUAGAGACCACUUGCGGAUUAAUAGAAUAACUUUGUCUGAGUACAUAUUUGGCCGCCAGCAGAGCUGUCGCUCUCUCUGUCUUCCACGCUGCAGAGGUCGAUCACAAUGAAAGGUUGCUGACCCGUUUGACCCUAAAAUUACCUGUUUGGGAGAUCAAUGUGUGCGCUAUCCGUAUACUGACGUGCUUGAUCCAGUCACGGGCCCGUUCUUCGUAUUGUUUCUAUUAAUGUGUUACAAGGCUUGAAAUAAUGGGCUUAAAUUUCUUCAAUCGUCCGUGGGCUUUCGGCAUGGUCUUUGCCCUUUUCACCUGCUUUCAAGCGACCAUAGGGCUGUACAUUGCCGGUGUCCUCACCACCUUGGAGAGGCAGUACCGGAUCACCACCUCAGUGGCUGGAUUGGUGCUCUCCACAAGCGACUUCGCCAGCCUUGUCUCCAUUGCUUUGGUGUCGUACGUUGGUGACACAUGGCACCGUCCACGCAUUGUCGGUGUGUUUGGUAUAUUGACUGCAGUUGGUGGGUUCUUGAGCGGAGUCCCGCACUUCCUAUACCCGGCGUACAGGGAGGAAGACACCCUGUUGCCCAGUGGAAAUGGCACAAGUUCCACUAUUUUUGAAUGCGAUCCCACGAGGGAAGAGGAGACAUGUUCCGCAGAUGACAUCAAUCAAUCUGGCUCCAGGCUUCAUGAGAUGUGGGCUCUAUUGUUGGGUCAAGCUCUCAUGGGCUUUGCCUACGGACCGUUGUUCCCGAUCGCUCUAACCUACAUUGAUGACCAAGUCAAAGGUACAACCACACCUUACUACAUCGCUGCUAUCCUGACGGCUGGUACAAGCGCUACCCUGGUUGGGUUCGGAGAAGGUUUUCUGUUCCUAAGCUUGUUCGUCGACUGGCCAGAGCAAUUCGAUGGCACUAAGGAGUGGCUGGGCGCCUGGUGGAUGGGCUUUAUCCUGAACGGCAUCAUCAUAUUCUUCAUCUCCAUCCCCUUCUUCUUUUUCCCGAAGGAGAUGGAUGUUGAGAUCGACGAGGAUGAAAUUCCGAAAGAGAAGUUAGCCCUCGAGGGCGAGGGCAAGACUCAAAUAUCCUUUAAAGAAUUUCUUCGGACAUCCAAACGACUCGCCACCAACUUCGUGUUUAUGGCGUUGUUGAUAGGAAGUAUCUUCGAUCUGGCGAUAGGUGCCUCCUUUGGCUUCUUCCUGGCCAAGUUUCUGGAGAUUCAAUUCAACAUACCAGCAGCCCAAUCUUCCUUAUUUGUCGGGAUCAUAAUUACGCCUGGUGCUUUUUUUGGGAAUAUGGCCGGUGGAUUUCUGGUCAAGAAGCUCAAGUUAGACUCAAAGGGCUGCGGCAAGGUUGUGAUGGUGAUGGGGGUUAUAGUCUCGUGUUGCAUACCCGUCGUUUAUUUCCUCUCGUGUCCCGAACCAACGUAUGCCGGUUACAUUGAUGGGAAGAUCAGCACAAGUAAUUUAUGCAAUGAAGGAUGCACCUGUUCCGGCGGGCGAUAUGAACCAGUUUGCGGUUAUGACGGACAAGUAUACGCCACACCUUGCUUCGCUGGUUGCACAGGAAAACAGGAGAACGUGACGGAUGACCCCACCGUUAAUGUCACAGUCUACACUGGAUGUGCUUGUAGUUCAGCCAAUGCUACGGAGGAGUACGCGAGACAAGCCGAAGCGGGUUCCUGCGAGAAAACCUGUAAUAUGGUGUAUUAUGCCGCCAUUUUCCUCUUCUGCUGUGUCAUAUUUGGGACGCCGGCCAAGAAUCCUUUGCUCAUGAUGACAAUGAGGAGUGUUGGAGCAGAUAAGACCUACGCUCUGGGGGUACAGACUCUGUUUGGUCGAGCUCUAGGGUUCCUACCAGCUCCGCUGUACUUUGGUGCUGCCAUCGAAGGCGCCUGUAUUCUAGACCGAAUCGAGUGUGGCGUCGCUGGUGAUUGCCUCAUCUACAACGCUCAGCUGUUCCGAAUAACCUUCCUCGGAAUCUUCUUCGGCUUGAAAAUCGCAUCGCUGCUAUGCUACGGUGCUGCUACGGUGGCAGUUUUCAGGAUUGACAGCAAGGAGAAGAAUGAGGCACAAUAUGAGGAAGGACUAAAGAAUGGUGAGAUGCGGAAAGGGAUCGAAGGGAAAUACAACAAAGCCUACGAGGCAGACACCGAGGCGGGGACCCAGACUGACCUUACUAGUCUGUGAUUCAAACUUGACAUUUUGAUUGAUGAACCGGCUGUAAGGCGGUUUUUAAGCAAUUCUCGCUGCCUAAUAGACCAAUAUUUCAACAACAACAACAACAACAAAAUCGGGAUAAUGCACGUGCGCGAGCCGCAUAGGGCUGAGUUGAAUAGGGCAGGCCGUCUGAAUGACCUCGGACGCGCCUCAUUUCAGGCAUCUGCUGUUGGAAUCCAGAACUGGCUCAUUCUGAUUGCAUGAACUGAUUGAACAUCAUCCCAUAUGCGCAAAUCGUUGUCCAAACAAAUAUUUAUAGCUUUCAUUAGCAACUUUAAGGAAAACAAGGAAAACAAAAGUGGCAAAUUGCAUAGGAAGAAAUCCGCAAAAAUAAAACACGAUUUUAUAAUUCACGUCAAAGAGCACGCAGACUUUCAAACUAUGAAGCGCAAUAAAAGGAAAGGUUGAAGACUGCGUAACACACAGCGACUGCGAGGUAUACACCAGUUGCAGGUGCAGUUUAAGUCAAGUUCAAAAUAUGUUAUUAGAGCUGACUAAAGAGCAAGACUCUGACAGAGCAACAAAUGCGACAAUUGGGCAUUAAUCAAGAUCCACGAUUCAAGAUAAUGUUAUUGUCUGUAUAAAAACAAAGAAUUUCGCCUUCCACUGGCAAACGAAAUGAAAAUAUGUUACCACAUAUCUAAUGCAUAAAGAAUUACAAGGAAUACAUAGAUAAUGACUCAAUUUAUUAACAGAGUCAAAAAAACACGUGUACAAAUCUUUAUAUAGGAAGAUGGUGCACAACAGAAGUGUCACAAUUCCAUCGACAGUUGCGUGCUUUUUCAUUUAUGCACAGUAAAUUUAAACCUCUCCAAAUGCUUCGCAUUUUUUCACGGGAUUUUGUUUUAUGUUUGUCACACGGACACUUGGAGUGAGGCUCACUUUGAAUCCCUACCCCAAAAGUAAAUAUGUAAGAUAAACAGAGCUUACUUUGUUACACACUCAACCAACCAAACUUUUUCCGGGGUCAAGGUCUUAUGCAGAGGAUAAAUCGAACCUAUAGAGCGGUGCGGAUUAAACAUCAGUGUUAUCACAUCGUUACGUUCACUUUGUUAUCUUUUUUAAGAAAUGUCUUUACGCUUACUGUUUUUCCUUUUUCUUCUGGGCAAGUGGAAUGAGUUUUCUGGUUUACAUCUAUAUCUACAGACCUAUUCUGAAUUUGGAUUAAACAAAAAUUAAUCUAUGUCUAUGUGAUUUUUGAAUAAAGCUUAUAAAUUUAAUGGCAAAUAUAACAUUGAAUAUGAAUGAGUAAAUUUUGUUUGUCUAGUUAGAUAUAUCAUAGAUAACAAUUUCUAUUUGUGUUCAUGUGUUCUUUAGACUUGUUGCAUACGUGUAUAUUUUUUAAAGAAUUGCUGAGAUUAUUUAGUUACUACAUAUUCUCAUUUAACCUCUUGAAACAGUUUUAUACCCAAGGCUCCAACAAUGGUGAAGCAACAUUUUUGUGUGUUUCUUAAAAUAAUCCUGCUAUUCCGUAACAAUAAAUAACUAGGAUAAAGUUUGUAUAAUAGCAAUUUUUAUAAUUUUUGUGCAGUA